AUGCGUGAAUACUUUGCAUUUCGCGUUUUAGAGAGGAAGGGGGAAGCACCCACGAUUACGAGAUCAGGCAGAUUGUUUCAUCAGUUCCUUGUGGACGCCUACACAAUGAUAGAAUCGAGUAGACUGCAUUACUUGUGGCUGAAUCAGAAAAAACUCCGGUCAGUUAGUUAUGAUGCAAUCCAGAAAGCAGCUGCAAAAGGCGGAGCUAAGAUGGCUGAGCAAGGGAGCCGAAUUUUCAUCCCAGCAACUUUCACCGGAGGAAAACGGUAUAUGAAGCAGCAUUACUACGAUGCCAUGGCUCUGUGCAAGUACUAUGGAUUUCCAGAUCUUUUCAUCACUUUUACGUGCAAUCCAAAAUGGCCUGAAGUUACAAAAUAUCUGAAAAAAUAUAACCUUACCACCGAAGACAGACCUGAAAUAUUGUGCAGAGUUUUCAAGAUGAAACUCGAUAAUCUUAUCGAGUUUUUGACAAAAAAGGACGGCUCCUUAUUUGGCCCAGUUUCUGCAGCUGAUCAUAUAGACACUAUUAUAUCGGCUGAGAUACCGGACAAGACGGUAGAUCCAGACCUGUAUGCAAUCGUUGGGGAUUGUAUGAUGCAUGGUCCUUGCGGUCCAGCAAAGAAGGAUAAUGUAUGUAUGGUUAUUGGUAAAUGUUCUAAGAUGUUUCCGAAACGACUGAACAUCAGGACAUCGAUUGACGCAAAUGGAUUUCCAGCUUACAUGCGUCGUAUUGAUGGUAGGUUCAUUGAGAAAAAUGGAAUCAGAUUAGACAAUGGAUAUGUUGUACCUUACAAUAGAAACCUCAUGCUUCGAUAUCACGCGCAUAUGAAUGUCGAGUGGUGCAUCCAAACGCGAGCUGUUAAGUAUCUUUUCAAAUAUAUCCAUAAGGGACCUGAUUAUGCUUCAGCUGCAAUAGAUAAAGAAGAUGAAGAUGGCGUCAUAGACGAAAUAAAAACAUAUUACGACUGCAGAUAUAUAACUGCAUGCGAGUCGUCGUGGCGGGUUCUUGCUUUUCCUACACAUUUUCGUACUACUUCUGUAGAGAAACUUGGAUUUCAGCUCCCGGAUCAGGAGCUGGUGUUUUUUUAUGAAGAUGAACCUAUUGAGAAUAUUCUGAAGAAAAAAUCUAUCAACCAAUCCAUGUUUCUGGCGUGGUUCAUAGCAAAUCAAAAAUACCCAGAGGCAAGAGAUUUGACAUAUGCCGAAUUUCCAACAAAAUUUGUUUGGAAAUCAAGUAUGAGAGAAUGGGUACCACGUAAACGAGGCUUUGUGAUAGGGAGGAUUGCGCAUAUUAAUCCAGCACAAGAUGAGCUAUAUUUCUUAAGAGUAAUGCUAAAUUGGGUAAGAGGGCCGAAAUCAUACGAGGAUAUAAGAACAGUUGAUGGUGUUGUAUAUUCUACAUACGAAGAUGCCUGCUAUGCUUUGGGAUUGAUGGAUGAUGACAAGGAAUACAUAGAAGCUAUCAAAGAUUGCAGUGAUAAUAGUUCUGGCACAUAUGCGAGGAAGCUUUUUUCGAGAAUGUUGGUAUCCAAAACAUUAUCUCAGCCUCAUGUUGUGUGGGAAGCUAUUUGGGAGUAUCUUACCGACGAUAUUCUCUACAAGAAACGACGAGAAACUGGAAAUGUCGAGUUGAACUUGACCAUAGAUCAGAUCAAAAACAUUGCUCUAACCGAGAUCCAAAAUCAUUUGCUUAGCAAUGGUCGUAGCCUCCAGAAAUGGCCCCUAAUGCCAAAGCCAGAUGAUUUUGGUUGUUACAACGGCAAUCGCCUUAUAAAUGAUGAACUUAAGUAUGUUGUAGAAGAUCAGCUAAAGGAAAAUGAAAGACUUAUGGCGAUGAUAACAGAUGAGCAAAGAGGGGUUUACAACGAGAUUUUGGAUGCAGUUUUGAAUGAUAGCGGUGGAGUGUUCUUUCUUUAUGGUUAUGGAGGCACAGGUAAAACCUUCGUAUAUAGAGCACUCUCAUCAGCAAUCCGAUCUAGACGUAUGAUUGUUCUAAAUACCGCAUCCAGUGGAAUUGCUGCAUUGUUGUUGGAAGGAGGUAGAACCGCACAUUCCAGGUUUGGUAUUCCGAUAGAUGCCGACGAGUUUACUACUUGCAAGAAAAUGGAGCCAGGAUCAGAUCGUGCAGAAUUAGUUAAAGCAACAAAGCUCAUUGUAUGGGAUGAGGCGCCUAUGAUGAGCAGACACUGUUUCGAGACGUUGGAUCGUUCUAUGCGUGAUAUUAUAAGAUCUUCUGAAGACAAACCUUUUGGAGGUAAAGUAGUUGUUUUCGGUGGAGAUUUCAGACAGAUUUUACCGGUUAUACCCGGAGGUGGUAGAGCAGAGACUGUUUUGGUGACUCUGAAUUCGUCAUAUCUUUGGGAGCACUGCAAAGUUUUGAAGCUAACAAAAAACAUGAGAUUGCUCGCUGGUCUUAGUGAUGAUGAAGCAAAAGAGCUUCAAUCCUUCUCAAAAUGGAUUUUGGAUGUUGGAGAUGGAAAAAUAAAUUUGCCAAACGACGGUCAAGUUGACAUUGACAUUCCUUCUGAUCUGUUGAUAAAAAAUACUGGAGAAGAUCCUAUUCAUACUAUUGCAAAGGAGUUGCCAGGUAACAUUUGA